AUGGAGGUGGCGUGGAACGAGAGUAUCACAGUCGCUCCAAAGGAGGUGUUACAGAGGUCGAAGGUAUCGAAACAUGGCCCAUGUUUCGUGUCGGGUGAUAUGGGAGGAAGAACAUGUCCUCCUGCGUCACCCAUUUUGCCUCUAAAUUCAUUCUAUAGUUUUGAGGAAUUUCAACCAAAGGAGAGAAAGAAAAGGUCGAAGAAGACUAGGAAGACCCACAGGAAGUACAAGAAGAAAGAGAGUUUCUACCAUCUCAGCUCCUCGUCUACAAAAAUUAAUGGUGGUGGGUGGUUCAGCAGUGAAGACGAACUAGACGACGAGACAGAGACGUUUUUCUCCUCGAGGAGCUUCUCUUCAGAUUCCUCGGAGUCUCGUCACCUAAACAAGAAGAGUUCUCGCCGGAGAUCAGAAACCAGAGCUGAACGGAGAAGAGCAGUGAAGCGCUCCAGCGAUCCUUACAGUGAUUUCAGGACAUCAAUGGUGGAGAUGAUCAUCGAAAAGCAGAUAUUUGCAGCCAAGGAUCUCGAGCAGCUUCUGCAUUGCUUUUUGUCGUUGAACUCCCUUCAUCAUCACAAAGUGAUCGUUGAGGUCUUUUCAGAGAUAUGGGAAGCUCUGUUCUAUAACUUGUCUUGA